CACGAGACUUGCAAGCGAGCGAGCCUGUCUUGACACAUCUGGAGCGAGAAACUUACUUUUCUUUCGUGCGCGUUUCUUAACGUUCUUUAUCUUUCUUUUUCUUCAUGGUUUUUUUUUUUUUAAGGGGGAGAUAAGUUUUUUCUUUCGCAAGGAUUGUCAUCCAUUCUGCCGCACAUGGAAGACGCGAUGACGCCUCGCAAAUUGAUGCGUCAAAGUGGUAACUAUUGAGAAGAAAAGUCUUGCUGUUUUUAGUCAUGGGGAACCACGCCAGCACCGGGGAUGGUGACAACCUUGAGUGACACCCCCCUCCCACGGCCGCCCCAACAACCUGGCCUGGGACUAUUAUUAUUAUUUUAUUGUUAAUUUGACAGCACGUUUCUUUUGGAAGACGUGGCUGGAAUAAAGCGUCAUGGCUCCAAGUCUGAGGGGGAUUUUUUUUCUAAAAAAGACCUAAAAAUACAGCGUUGGUUUUUCUCUUCGCCCUACAAAGACUUCAUUUGAACUUCCCACCGCAGAAGGCAGAGCGACAUAAAUAGUGCUGACAUGUGGAUGUAAUUUCACGAGAAAGGGAGGGAAGGGGUGUUUAAAAGACACACAUGCAAAAAAAAAAAAGUGGUGGUGGGGGGGGAUAAAGUGAGCACUGCUGAGCCUAUAAACGUUCAGAUGAUAGGAAAUUAAAGGACCUGCUGGAUUACAUGCGGGGCAUAAGCAGCGACAGAGGCCAGAUGGAAUAAAAAAAUUUUUUUUUAAAAAAAACACCACACACUCCUCUUUGAAGAGUAGUUUUGAAUCAUUCAAAUCCGAGCAUCAUCAGCAUCAUUUGGGAGAGGCCUGCAAGGAAGUGACUGCAGCAGGUCAGUGAUGGGCUCCACUGCGCUGCUCCACAGUCUGGAUUUGCUUUUCCUCUCACUGCUCUGCACUUUCUGCCUGGCCCGUGCAGAUGAUGUACUCACCAAAGAGGAGCAGAUAGCACUGCUGUUCAAAGCCAAGCGCAAAUGCGAAGGUCUUGUCAAGUCGAGGCAAGGCAAGCUUCCCGAUGGUUACUGCUCACCCGAAUGGGAUGGCAUUGUGUGUUGGCCUGAAGGGGCUUCGGGGAAGCUGGUGUCCGCCUCAUGUCCGGAGUAUAUCUACGACUUCAACCACAGAGGGCGAACGUACCGCCGCUGUGGCAACAAUGGGACGUGGGAGAUCUCCGCAGCCAACAACAAGACGUGGGCUAAUUACAGUGAAUGUGCAAAAUUUCUCUAUCAUUACAACCAGAACCAAGAGAAGGAUGUCUUCCAUCGCUUGUACCUCAUUUACACCGUGGGCUACUCCGUCUCGCUGGGGUCGCUCAUCGUGGCUGUGGUCAUCUUGGGAUAUUUCCGACGUCUACACUGCACCAGGAACUACAUCCACAUGCACCUCUUCGUGUCCUACAUGUUGAGAGCUGUGAGCAUCUUCGUCAAGGACAUCGUGCUCUACUCGGGAUCCGCCCUGGAAGAUGUGGAACGCGUCACAGUGGAAGAACUCAAGUCCAUCACGGAGGCUCCUCCAUCCAACAAAGCCCAUUUUAUUGGCUGCAAGGCGGCCGUGACGCUUUUCAUGUAUUUCCUGGCGACCAACUACUUCUGGAUCCUGGUGGAGGGUCUCUACCUGCACAGCCUCAUCUUCAUGACCUUCUUCUCGGACCGGAAAUAUCUUUGGGGCUUCACUCUGAUUGGAUGGGGUGUGCCAGCCAUGUUUGUGAGCGUUUGGGCGACAGUGAGGGCCACGUUUGCGGAUACAGAAUGCUGGGACUUAAGUGCGGGCAAUUUGAAAUGGAUUUAUCAAGUGCCUAUACUUGCAGCUGUUGUGGUCAAUUUUGUCUUAUUUUUAAACAUCAUCAGAGUCCUAGCAACCAAACUGCGCGAGACUAAUGCAGGAAGGUGUGACACCAGGCAGCAGUACAGGAAACUGCUGAAGUCCACGCUGGUUCUGAUGCCGCUGUUUGGCGUGCACUACAUCAUAUUCAACGCGAUGCCCUACACGGAAGUGUCCGGCAUCCCUUGGCAGAUCCAGAUGCACUACGAGAUGCUCUUCAACUCCUUCCAGGGCUUCCUUGUGGCAAUUAUAUACUGCUUUUGCAACGGGGAGGUGCAAGCGGAGAUCAAGAAGUCGUGGAGCCGUCGGACCCUGGCGCUGGACUUUAAGCGGAAGGCGCGCAGCGGCAGCAACACGUAUAGCUACGGCCCGAUGGUGUCGCACACCAGCGUCACCAAUGUGACCGCCCGGGCGCCACACGCCCUCCACCUCACCACCCGGCUGGGCCCGGCGCCGCUCAACGGGCACCGCAACCUGCCUGGCUACAUCAAGAACGGCUCCGUGUCCGAGUGCUCGGCACCGUCGUCGGGCCAGGAGAUCCACGCCGAACCCGAGGAGCUCUGCGCCGCUUCGGGGCAAAGGCCGCCGGCGGGCCAGGAAGCCGAGGUGGAGAAGCCCUCACCUGUGCUGGUGGUGGAGGAGGAGCGGGAGACGGUCAUGUGACGCUUCCGUAAAAAUGGGGGAACCCAAAAUGUUGUGGCCAAGACACUUUGAGCUGCCACAGUGAAUGUGCAACAGUCUUAAAACGGGCUGUCUUUUUAAAAUCAAUUUCAUUUCUUUGGAUCCACUGCCAUCAUUUUAUGAUUUUUUUUUUACAUGUUGCCAUUUUGUUGUUGCAUAAAAAGGCUGGAGUUGCCAGGAAACAGCCUUAAUCGAUCUCACGACAGGCGUGGAGAUAUGUUUCUUGUUUCGAAAAAGUUCUCAUUGUUGUUAAAGGGAAGGCACUCAGGUAAUUCUUGUACGCUUAUGAUUUUUUAAUUCUCUCUUUUUUUUUAUGGAAAGGCAGUGAA